UCCGCAACUCAUCCAUAGAAACAAAAAUGGUCUCUAAGAUCGUCAUCAUCUCGUGCUUCGUGGCCAUUGCUUGUACGAGUGUGGCGCCGGCGGCGGUCGCAGCUCCUCUCGCGGCAGCGCCAGUAGUCGCGGCCCCUGCGGUGGCGGCAAGACUGGAGGAAUUCGAUCCUCUUCCACAAUACAGAUUCGGAUAUAACGUAGCGGAUUCUCUUACUGGCGACUAUAAAAGUCAGCAAGAGCAACGUGAUGGAGACUUAGUUCAGGGCUCAUACUCGGUCGUUGAGCCUGAUGGUACGCGUCGUGUCGUCGAGUACGCCGCUGAUUCAGUAAAUGGAUUCAACGCUGUCGUGCGUAAUGAGCCACUCGUAGCUGCCGCUCCCGCUGUCGUUGCUGAGCCUGCCGUAGUCCCCGCUCGUAUAGCGGCUGCUCCAGUCGCAGCUGUGGCACCUGCGAGGUUAACCGCUGCAGUAGUUGCCCCUUAUACUACUGCGUAUACUGCUCCUGUGGCAAAAGUAGCGGCAUACACAGCGCCCUUGGCUGCAGCCUAUACAGCACCAGUAGCAAAGGUCGCUACCGCAUCUCUCGUAUCGCCGUUCUCAAGACUUACAGUGUCUCCGUUCUUGUCUUACAAUUAUGCUGCUGCCCCAGUUGUGGCUGUAAAAUGAUCUACUACAACAACUUAAUUCUCUGAAAUUUCGGAUAAAGGCUAA